UCAUGUGAGUGUAAGAAAGCACUGUUGUUCUGCGUCCGACUUCUAGACUGACUGGAUACGUUAUUCUAUAUCUCUGCAGAUGCUGAAAAGAAGGAAGAGGCGGCCACCACCGCCCACAAGACUGCCUAUUUCCGAACUUGACAAAAAGAUGAUGAAGAUUCAUCAAAUAAAUUUGAACAAACCGGAGGCAUACGCCGUCAGAAUUCUUCGUCUUCAGAGACAAAAAGGCUUACAAAGACGAUGCACCUGCAUCGAAUGCAGGUUCGUCUGCCAGGGGCAGCAGUCCUGGGCCCGUCAUGUAAGAAGAUUACAUAAGGGCCGUCACCCUAUUCCUUAUGAAUUUAUGAAAUACUACAGAAAAGGAUGGAUAACUCUUCCGCCGUGGAUAGAACUGUGACCACUGGCCAAUCUUAGUGAUGUGUGCUGCUUUAGCUCUUUUGUUCAUUGCUUGUGUGUUUGUGAUUGUGUUUCGUAAGUAUAAGUGCUUUUAGUGAAAUUGAUUACAAAACAACAAUGCAUGUUCGAAUGUGUUUUGAUCUUUUCAAU